AUGUCUGUCAUGGUGUGGAAGCUGCUGCUGCUGCAACUGCUGCUGCUCCGGGCUGUACCUACGUCCCAGGAUAGGAAGACAAACGUGAUGUUAGCCUAUAAGGUGAUUGGAGAGAGGUGUGAACACAAUUCUGAAUGUCAGAGUGACUGCUGUGUCACUAACAGCUUGAACCCACAGAAGUUCUGCACACCCCAGACCGUGUUCUUGCAAUGUGUGCCCUGGAGGAAGCCAAAUGGACACUUCUGUGAAGAACACUCAGAAUGCUACAGCAACUGCUGCAUCAGGACAGGCGACAGCCCUAACAGGUUCUGCUCAGCAAAGUCCAUCUUCUUGCAGUGUGUAUCUUGGCGCAAGCAAGAAGGGGACAAAUGCCAAAGCCACUCAGAGUGCUGGAGCUUAUGUUGCCUCCCGCUGAGUGAGAACAGCUCUCCCCACUGCACAAAGAGAACUGGGCUCUUGGCCUUGUGCCUGCCAGUGUGAAUGAACAAGAGCCUGCAUACCACAGAACUAAAACUGGACUUCAGAGAGCAGAGAGUGCUCUGUUUGCAUCCAUGCUGUUCCCUUAUUUGGGUUCUAUAAAUCUGAAGAAAUUAGAGAUGUCUGUUGCUUGUUGUUAAUAUGAACUUGA